AUGAAUACCUCGCCGACGGAACCCUACCCACCGACACCGACGCGGUCCGUCGACUGCAGCUCCAGUCCGGCCAAUACACCAUUAUCAACAAACAGCUCUACAAACGUGGUUUUUCCUUACCCUAUCUACGAUGCGUCACUCUCGAUGACGGCCACGAGAUCCUCUGAGAUGUACACGAGGGCGUCUGCGGGGACCACUCCGCCUCCCGGGCGAUGGCAUAUAAAAUCCUCCGACGAGGAUAUUAUUGGCCCUCUAAGGACUGAUACCCUCCUCACCCGUAAGUGCCGACCAUGCCAGCUUUUUUCUAAUAUCAUACACCAACCCCCAGAGCCACUCACGACCAUGGCCAGCCCAUGGCCUUUCGCCCAAAAGGGGCUGGACCUGAUUAGGCCCAUGCCUAAAGGGAAAGGACAGACGAAAUUCGCCAUCGUGGCAGUCGACUACUUCACCAAAUGGGCUGAGGCCGAAACGCUCGCCACUAUCACCGAGGCUCGUGUUUGGGGUUUCGUGUGUAAAAACAUCACCUACUCGACCUGCUCUCACUAG